UUGUUAGCUUUGAUGUAGAGCAUGCCGCCGCCCGCCUGAGGCAUGAGCGGGCGCGGAGCGGGGGGGCAGCGCUGCACACUCAUCCUGCAGCGUUGCCUCGCCAUCCACCUCAGCAAGCCGGGCAACGCGCCGGACGACUUCUGGAUGUACGACUCUGGCUAUCUACUGUUCCAGAGUUUCCUGGCUGCCAACGCAAAAUGCUGGUGGGCGGGGGCCCUCGCCGCCGCCACCGCGGAGCUGCGCUACGCCGGCUACGUGGCCCCCGGCGUGCUGCUGGUGGCGGGGGCCCCCCGCGCGCUGGAGACCGUUCGGGGGGCCUACUCGCGCUCCGUGCUCAAGCCGCCCCCCACCUACCUCAUCUGCGGGCUUGGUGACAUAGAAGACUGCAUAGUGACGCCUGCGUACCAGGGGCAGUUCACGCCGCUGCCCGAGGCACUCUGCGACUGCAUCAUGGACCUCACGUCGCAGGGUCAAUCCGCAACACUAGAAAGUAUAAGAACGUCGCUGUCAUCGAAAUUCCCCUCGAUGCAGACCCCUUCGCAAGAGGUCGUGUACGACACCCUCGCACAACUGAUGCAGGAGCGGAAAAUCUACCAGACCUCCAGAGGAUUCUUCAUCGUGACCCCCGAACGCCGUCGCUCCCGGUCCAGGUCGUCCUCCCGCCACCACUCCACGGAGGACGAGUGCAGCUCUCCGCGCACCAUGCUGAUGUCCGACCAGGAGGCACUACACCAGCUGUAUGGAGAGAUCACCACCGUGCGCGAUGGCGCCGUCACUCACCAGUGCGUGCAGACCAACCUAGCUGAUGUUAUCUGUGGAGGUAACCCGAACGACAAAGUCCUAUACGGUAGGCCAAACAAGCGACGAAGCGCCUCGUUCCCCGCGCCCCGCUCCCUCGACCGCCGCCACUCGCUGCGGAUCUUCGGCUCGUCCAGCAAGUACCUGCAGCGCUGCGCCUCCACGCGCAGCCUGCACCACAAGCACGCCAACACGACCGACAGCUCGUCCUCCACCGACUACCCGCCGAGCGUUGAAUCUGCGUCGCCUAAAAAAGUGUCGUUGCUCUCCCGCUUAUUCAGACGAAGCGGCCGCAGCAAGCAGACCCGCGCGAUGAGCACCUUCUCUGCGCAGUUCCCGCCGACCGAGUGGUUCAACUCCAAGGCGGUGCAUCUACACUGUGUCGCCACACAAACCGAUUCCAAGGAGUCGCUGCAGAGUCAAACAUCAAUUGUGUCAUCGUACUACGAUGGUUCAGAGAUCAGCAAUCGGUCGUCGACGCUACCGAGGAGGCACAAAAGGCAUCUAUCCACGGAGUCGGGGCUCGCGACUUCUAUGCAGUACGACCAUUCGCCCGUCAGGCAAUCGAGCCCGAGUUCAGGCAGUCUUCCAAGAUCAACGUUAAGUAGGAGUUCCACAAACAAGACCAUCUUAGACCAUUUUGGGUCACCACAACGAAACAGCGACCCAAAAUUACGAGACAGCCCAAACGGAAGUUUGCGCCGUGUGGACUAUUCAGAUAACGUCAUGUCCACGAGCGGCCCUUCGAGCUUGGAGAGCACUAAUACCCAUCGAACACCGAGGAAAGACUGUAAAAACGGUACCUCAGACCUCAAUAUGAAAAGGAGUUACCAUACCAGCAGCAGUGGGCACUCCAGUCUAGAGUCUCACAUAUCGGACCGCACUUUGAAACCUUCACCUAGUCAUAGUAACGGAGGGUCAGGUUUAAGCAGAGCACAGUCACUUGUUAAAGUUCAAAGUCUACAAAGUUCACCCAAAAGUCUACACAAGUAUAGAACGAAACCGCCGAUUAUGGGAGGCGAACCGAUAAAAAACGGUCAAAGCACAUCACCAAGAACUUCGCCAAAAAACUGUCCAAACACACCCAAAAAAACUGCUACCCCUUUACACAAUAGAACCCUUGGAUCCAAAUUAGAUAAUCCCGCGACAACAAUGCUCGCUAGUUCUAAUUCAAAUAAUUCAAUUACAUUAAAAGUAACCACCAACACAAUGUCCCAAAAUGGUGGAACAAACACCAAAGUGUAUGUACAAAACUCUCCCGUUAGAUCUGUAAUCACGUUUGAAAAUGGCAAAGUUACGGAGGCCAGUAAUGGGAGCAACAUCUAUAUCAUCAAUGACGAUCGACAAGUUGUUUCAGUUUCUCAAAAUGGAGGAACUAAUCAAACAACAAAAAACCCAACAGAAACAUCUUUCGAUGUUUGUGUUGAAAAAAAGAAACAAAUAUAUCAAGAAGCUGAACCUGUGAAAGUACAAGAAAAUAAGUUCAAUAAGAACUCGAUGAAUGAUACUGGCAUGAAUAACAACCGAAAGCUUUCUCUACAAAUCGGCGGUGUAGCGAAUAACAACAGUUUUAUCUAUAAAAAUCAACUAAAUAACACUAAUGAAGUAUCAUCUAAUCCGGCAUCACCAGCCAUUCACAACAAUAUACACAAUAUCGAGACAUGCACUAAUAGCAAUCCGUCCACGCCGACCAAAAGUUACGACAAUGUGAUCGGUUCCUUAGGGAAUUUGAGAUACCAAAAAAAUGCUUUAACAUCGGCAAAUAGUGGAUUACAUGGGAAUAUUAAUUCGAAUAGCGAACUUAAGAGUGUAGAUUUAUUGAAGAAAGCAGCGGCUUUACAAAUGUUGAACGGGCUUCCAAAUGUACAUAAUAGAAUGAGUUCAGAGUCGAUAGCCAACUUAUUGACAAAAGGUAUCGAUCAGAAACCGACAGUGCUCGGCUCGGAACCAAAUCUAGCAUUGAAGAAUCAAGAACUGAUCAAAGAUAUUAAUACCUCGACUGACAAAAUUCACUGUUUGGAUAACAAACAAAAGCGGUACAGCCUCAGCCAAGACGGCAAGAAAGAGCAUCAGGAUUUUUAUAAUUUUCCAAGUCUAAGCGACUUGAGCUUUAACUUCACUAGUUUAGCUGCACAAAAGAUUUUGAAAGGGGUCAGUAUAAAUAGUGUCGACACGUUGGUCGAGCUGAACAUGGCAGCAAACGGUUCGGAAAAGCAGAACAAUCGUGACGUAGCUGCCGUGUGCACAGACUUCGGUCUUGUAUAGUAUCAAGGACAUUGUUUAUUUUGUUUAAAUGUACAAUAGUAGGAUUAAUCAUUUACACAAUGUAAGCUAGUUAAAACUUAUUUUUAAUAACUUCAUAACAUACCUUAGAUAUGCACUAAUAUAUUUAGUUCAAACUUUGUACUCGAGGUUUUUGUACUAUCAACUUAUGAAAUUACUUAUCCCAUAUCUUUUCAUGUAUCCCAUUAACGGCUUUAGUCUUUAUUAAUCUAUCAACUGCAUCAGCGUUUCUUCUCCUAAUUGUUGUUACAGAAUCCCAUCAUUAAAGCGUCUUCUAAAGAGACACUAAGUUUAGAUAAAACACAAAGCUCAUAAUUAUGUCUAACCCGAUAUAACUAAGUUUCUCCCGCGUGGUUUUCAUUCCCGUAAGAAUAUACUAGCAUAUAGCCUUCCUCGAUAAAUGGGCUAUCUACACUUAAAGAAUUUUUCAAAUCUGACCUGUUCCUGAGAUUAGCGCGUCUAACCAAACAAACAAACAAACUCUUCAGCUUUAUUAUAUUACUAUAGAUGUGACUUUAGAAAAUGAUUAGUUUUUCUUAAGAAAGGCAUGACGAUUUAAUUUAAAUUGCAUUCCUUGAAUCAUAGAAGUACAAAAUAUCUUAAUAAACAGAUUUUGUUUUACUUAAUUACUCUUUCCGAAAAUUGGCAGAAUAAUAUACCUAUUUAGGCGAAAAUACAGAUGUAUUAGAGCUUUAAACCAGGUUUGCAAUGCCUUGAGAUGGGAUCUGAACUAACCCAAGGUCAAGAAAUGCUGAUAACUACUAUUAAUAUACUUAUAUCAUUCAAUAUUCAUUGGAAUUAUUGUAAUAUUCAUUUUGAUCAUAGUUUGUAACUCAUUACAAAAGUUAUGUGACAAUAAAAAUUGUUUCAUGUGAAUCAAAGGUGGCCUAGAAAUACCCAUCCAAAUGUAAUUUAGUGCCUAUAUUACUAAUUAGAAAUGUAACCACACUCACUAAUAGUAUUGUGUAUCUAAACUUUACUAGCCUUUAGCACAUAUCUAUACAGACUAAAGGGAAAAAAUAUAGAGCACUACCAAAGGCAGUUUUGUUGAGGAGAAUUUGUCUUUAAACCGUCUGCAUCACCAGCUAAUUUUUAAUGGUCCAUAGCCCAACCUGGUACACAUAUCCAGGGUCCCAAGAUGGUUAGCCGAAUUAACUGUAAAUAUUAUAUUUCUUGAUCAUGAGAAAAUAACAAGAGUUUCAAAAUACUGUAAAUUAAAAUGAAAUUUAGUAUGGUGAUAAUUUGUUGCAAGAGCAUCAUUUCGCACAGCAGUGUUAAAAAUUCGCAAAAAUUUAAGGAUGAUGUCAAAAUAUGUCAAGUUACGCGGCCUGUAAGUUGAACUAUGCGCAAUAACAUCUUUUUGGGUGUUAGCGACGUAUGGUAUGAUCUGUCAAGAGUAACCAUAUCAAAAUUGUGACUUCAUUACAAUUGCACAAAAACGCGCCAGUUCAGUUUCAGGCAUCAGUUUUGUUUAUAAUUUUAACUGUACAGGCAAAUUUCAUUUUGGUUCAACUUACUUGCUGGGAUCUAUACACUAUAAAUUUUUAAAGAAAUUACUUACACAAAACAAGAAAAUUUUGUUGUUGAUAUUAUUUAAGAAAGCUUUUUAGCUUAACUGUUCACAUUAUCUAUUUAGUUUUUUUUUAACUGGGAUUUAACUAUCAUUUUGACAGUAUCUAAUCCAAUAAAAUGAUACAUAGAGUGCAUAAUUCUCUCUAUCUUUUCCCUUUAGUCUGUGCAUAUCUAUCACAACUUUACCUUCUUCACAUUUGCACUUCUGUUUGUGCCAUCACAAUGUUUCCAGUGAAAUAGUGGAGUACAAACUAGAAUACAUCUUAUGAAAAACAUAUUCCAUCCAAAGAUGGGAAUUUACUGAGAUGUUAAUUGUAAAAUAUAUGUCAUGUAUUAAGUGCCAUAAACCAUAAUAAUGUUACGUAACGUGAAUAUAAGUGGAAACAUGUUUGUAACACAUAAUAAUGCCACCCAACUGAUUUUAUUAAAUCAUACUAUUUUUCCCAGUAAAAUCACACUAAAAUAUAUGUCAAAUGACCCAGGCUUGGCCAACUUAAAGAUGUUAGGUACAUUUUCAAUCUAAAAAUUGUAAUUUCUAUUGUUUGAUUUUAUUAUUAAUAGCGUAUUGUGAUUUUCCAAAGAUCAUUGAAUAAAGUAAAAUGCUAUCAAAUUAUUCAAACAACAGAAUUUUAAAUUUUUGGUUUUUAUUAAAUGUUUCUCACUUUUAAGUCUGUCAAUCCAUUCAACAUACAAUGUUGUUUAUUAUUUCAUGAUGUAUAAUAGAAACGAAACUUCAUUCAUGGUGUACAAUCAACAACAAAUUUUAUUAAUUAAUUUUUAAAACUGCCCAAUUUAUGGGUACCUACUAAAUAUCCAUAAUGUCAUGGGUGGGGCUGGACUCAAACCAAGAUAGGUUCUAUACCAACCCUAGUAUUGUCAUACCCGUUGAUAAUGUGUUUUGCUUAAAGGGACUAUGAGUCAUAUUAAAAUGUUGGUAAUAUUUGUUAAUAUAAAAAUCAAUAAAACGUUUUUAAAUCUCAAUCCACUGUGACCAAGACUUUGUGUUAUAUCCAGUCAGGUUUAAAUGAUAUAAAUUUGUUCUCCAUCUGCAAAUAAGCAUAUUUAUGUAGGGUUGAGUGGUGUGUUAUAAGUAUGUUUACACUGUUAGCUUUGUCCACAUCAGCCUAAGGGACUUGCACAUCUUUAGACCUACCAAAGUACAGAGACUAGCCCACAGUGCAGUUUUGGAAAAGACAGCAACUUUAAAACAAAUUUAUUCUUAUACAAUCUUAUUUGGAGAAAAACAAAUGUAAGCUAGUAGCCUAAUAGUAUAAUAAAAUAAUAAUAGCUGAUUGAUCAGUUGGAAUAUUCCCUAAUUUUGUGGUUUUACAGAGGAUAAAGUCAAGCAUGUAUGUUUAACAUUAGUACAUUUUACACAGUAAUGAGUAAUAUAUAAAAAUAAAUGUUAUGUAUACUAUGGAGAGCAACUGAAUCACACAAGAAUUACUCGUACAUUAAUUCUCUAAAAGCAACAUGGUUAGAGAAUAGCAAAACUGAAGGGCAGGCAGAACUAGUGCCACUAGAAUGUUUGUUUUGCCAGUCCCUUUGUGCUUGACUUGGACUCAGCUAAACAGAUAGUCGGUAUUGAAUGAUUGGUGACCAUUUAUUUUUAUUCAUAAACUGUACUCAAAGUGCAGUCAAAAUAAAGGGUAAUAUUUAUUCAUUAGAGAAUAUAAUCGGAAGUCAAUGCAUAUUAGCAAUUAAGUGUUCAGUAACACCAUUUGUAAAUGUAUUAACAAUAUAAGUUGAUGCUUUAAUUA